AGAGAUGGCGAAGGAGGCAUGGAAGGUGCUCGUCCGGCAGCGGGUGAAGGAGGCGGCCGGCCGCUGCGCCCGCGCCCACGGGCCGAUCGCCGAGGUGCUCGGCAACCUCGGGAUGCCGGAUCUCGUGGCCGACGUGCCGGCCUGGCUCGCCUGGGUGCCGCGCGCGGAGGUCGCGCUCGCGGACGCGUCCCGCGGCCUCGCCGUCGCCGCGUCCCUCAUGGCGGCGGCCAGGUUCAUCGCGGCACGCGGAGCAGCGGCCAGCCCGGCGCCUGCGGCGGCCCCUCCGCGUUCCAUUGUCGGCGGCGGCCCCGGGCUCUCCGGCGACGACGAGCUCCAGCGCUCCGGCCUCAGCGGGCUCCAGGACGCCAGGGCUUGGGCCGAGAAGGCGUGCGGCUCCGUGGAGGUGUCCCGGGCCCACCUGUCUACGAUCAGGCUCCUGCUUGACCACCCGCAUCUCCCCGGCAUCCACGACGGCCUCCACAUCUUGAGCGACUCCGUCCGCCAGGAGCUCGACGCCGCGCAGAAGCAUGAGCAGGACACCAUUUCGCUUGCCCACGGCGUGUGUCUACUUUAGACGGCGACAGCAUCCAGUCAUCCACAGAUCAAGGUCCAUUGAUUCUGAUUUCGCUUGAUGGCUUGCUUUUGCCAUACGCCUACCUAGGCCAUCGUAUGCGUUCUAUCUUGCUUUGUUCCUGCUGAAUUCAUCCCAUUCCUCGUCUCCUAAAGAGCAGAUAACUUGUGCUGUUUUUUUUUUUUUUUUGAAAGCAGACUUGUGUUGUUUUGAUGAUUGAUUCUUAGUGGAUAUUUUUGCAAAUUGUUCAGAUCAGAUUAAGUACUAGUGGAAAUUGUGCAAGCCUUUAUGGCUACUGUUGGUUUCUCACCA